GAACAGUGCCUGAAGCAGGUCCACCAUGCCGUUAGUAACGAGGAACAUUGAGCCAAGGCACCUGUGCCGUCAGACGUUGCCUAGCGUUCAAAGCGAGCUGGAAUGCAUGACCAACAUCACCCUGGCAAAUGUCAUUCGACAGCUGGGCAGCCUGAGUAAAUUUGCAGAAGACAUAUUUGGAGAGUUGUUUACUCAAGCCAACACCUUUGCCUCUCGGAUGAGCAUUGUAGUCGAGAGAGUCGACCGCUUGCAAGUCAAAGUCACUCAGCUGGAUCCCAAAGAGGAAGAAGUCUCCCUGCAAGGCAUUAACACCAGGAAGGCCUUCAAAAGCUCCACUACUCAGGACCAAAAGCUCUUCGACAGAGAUUCUCUCCCCGUGCCUGUCCUUGAAACCUAUAGGACCUGCAAUACUCCUCCACCUCUCAACAUCCUCUCGCCUUACAGGGAUGACGGCAAAGAGGCGCUUAAAUUCUACACAGAUCCUUCGUAUUUCUUUGACCUUUGGAAGGAGAAGAUGCUCCAGGACACCAAGGAUAUUAUGAAAGAGAAGCGGAAACACAGGAAAGAGAAAAAGGAGAAUCCGAACCGAGGAAACGUGAACCCGCGGAAAAUCAAAACGCGGAAAGAAGAGUGGGAGAAGCUGAAAAUGGGACAAGAAUUUGUCGAGUCAAAGGACAAACACGGUCCUGCUGGGUACCCCUCCAACAUGGUGUAUCAGAACGGCAGCAUCGGUUCCAACGAAAGCAUGGACGUGAACUGCUACCCGCCACCGCCGCAGACUGACUCUAUUGUGCCACCACCUCCUUCGUUCCCAGAUGACAGCCUGCCUCCACCCCCGGUGGAAUUUAGCUAUCCUGUAGACAACCAAAGAGGUUCUGGUUCUGGAGGGACCAAACGAUCCAGCCUGGUUAGCCCCAGUCACCCGCCACCAGCUCCUCCCAUCGGAUCCCCCUCCGCAGCCAGGCCGGGCUUUGCUCCCCCUCCGGCGCCACCUCCACCACCACCGCUACCACUGGGAAUGGGAAACACCCCCCCUCCACCACCUCCCGUGGGCUUCCCAUCCCCGGCAACCCCACCACCACCCUCACCCCCUUCUUUCCCUCCUCACCCCGAGUUUGCGCCCCCGCCCCCAGCAGUCGAAUAUGCCGGCGUGCUCCCACCUCCGCUGCCGCAGCCGGGCGGUGGGAAUGUGCCGCCUCCCCCUCCACCACCGCCGCCUCCUGGCCCACCACCUCUGUCUUCCAGUGGCCUGGAUGGUCCCCCACCCCCUCCUCCACCCUCAGACACCUCUGCCCCCAAGCCCAAGUCAUCCUUGCCUGCGGUUAGCGAUGCCAGGAGUGAUCUGCUUUCAGCUAUUCGUCAAGGCUUCCAGCUCCGCAAGGUGGAGGAGCAGCGGGAGCAGGAGAAGCGGGACGUUGUGGGCAACGAUGUGGCGACGAUCCUGUCACGCCGCAUCGCCGUGGAGUACAGCGACUCCGAGGACGACUCUUCGGAGUUCGAUGAGGACGAAUGGUCGGAUUAACCACGGUCCCGUCCCCCUUCUUCCCCUUCUCUCCUGGGUUAACUCCUUCUGAAAGAAUCAGGUGGCCAAACCUUCCACCACUUCCUUUUUCAUCCCGUAACCAAAGAUGUGCCAAGGGUUUUCAGACAAACCAGCCGCAUAUCUCCCCCUUCUCCCUCCCCCUCCAGCUUGGGCAGGACUUUGUGCUCUGCCUUUCCAAAAGGUCUCCUCACGGCCACCGAGGAUGCGGUGUUGGGAUUUAGCUGGAGGGGGUGUAACGGUUGCUUAUUUAAGAGAGCUAAACCUCCAGAUUCUCGAUGCCACCGGGCAGAGCACACAGAAACCCUCCGUCCUGAGGGAUUUUUAAAGUAAAGAUGGAUGAUCCUGCUGCGGCCGCGUGGCCUUUCAGAUGAAGGACAUUUUCAGCUAGUUUUCUCAUUGCAACAGCAGACAGUUGAUCUGAUGGCUCUUCCUUUCCAGUGAAUACUGGUAGUGCUGCAAGAAAAUGGGCUUUAAAUGUCAGUUCUCUGCUGCAUCCCACUGUCAAAUAAUCAGGUUUUGGCAAUAGUGCACAAUUCUUUCCCCUCUGACCCCCUAGUAUUAUUUCCAGACUGCCCUGCGUGGGGUGCGCUUCCUGGCUCGAGGGCUGUGGAGAGCGUCGGGUGCAAUGGGAG